AUGGGGUACCAUGAAGAUCUGCAAGAAAGCCAAACCGGUAGCCAGUUACACUGCAGUGGAUCACCUGCGGUUCUUCUAACUGAAGUGUCCAAAGCCGUUCACAGCGAUCCUCUUGAGCAGCUGUACACAUCUCGUAGAAGUGAAGCCCUUUUAUGCCUCCGAUAUGCGCUAAGCUCGGAUCACGAACCGUGUGCCAGUGAGGAUGCAAUGGGACCCAUUCGGGGACAGAUCGGACCGCACACGUAG